AUGGAUCCGUUAUUGAUCGCGGGCAGCUCGACUGCCCUGAAAGCAUCCUGCCACGAGAUCAUCUCGUUCAGUUCCAGUCUUCUCCGUGAUCACGUCCCAGAUGGCGACAUGACAAUCUCAAACACAGGCCAUGACCUGAAUCGUAUCUGUCACGUCCUGGAUGAGAUCAUCCUCACCUGGCGGACCCAUUCGUCCAUUCUGAUGACGCACCCGUCUGCCAGUUUCGGGAUGUGGACUUGCGUGCAGAGUAACCUGGACAACAUCCGAGUCACGCUCCAGCGGCUAAGGCAAGAGCUGGAACCUGUGGUCAAGAGCGGGCAGAAGCGCACGCUGUUCAAGGUCUACGCCAAGGCGUGGAAAUUAGGCUUGCAUAGCUGCGCGAUUAUUGCGUAUCGCGGCCGUCUGGAACCACAUCGUAAGGCCCUGAAGGUGGGUGCCACUAUGAUGAACAUGUGUGUGCGGCUUCAACAAAAUGCAUCGGCCCAAGAAAAGCAAUCGUCGCUCGUUGUCUUGGACAUUGAGACUAAAGAUCUCGAGGCGAUCGUACAGUCUAUGAAGAAGCUCUCUUUUGUCUCUAGCGGGGAGACAGCUGAAAGGCAGGGGAUGAUUGUCGCCAUGGAGGGUCUAAUCAGUUCCGCAAAGUCAUUUUAUACCUUUGUGUCCAUGGCACCGCCGGCGCAUUCUGUGAAUCAGGAAGGAGAUGGCCAUGAUUCCGUCCCUCCGCCCUCGUAUGCACAGGCCAUGGCAUCCGAAGACGGGACUGUGUCCGAUGACGACACCCCCGGACCAUCUCCGUUCAACGUGGCAGCCCGCGAGGGGGAUUUCGAGGAAAUCAAAAGGCUGGUCGCGGCUGGUGAGGACAUCCUUGCUACCGGUGAGAUUGGCCAAUCACCCGCAUAUUCAGCUGCCGUCACAGGAAACACGGAAAUCCUAGAGUACCUGAUCGAACACGGUGCAGACUACACCUCUGGCAACGAGGACGGCUUCACCCCGCUCAACGCAGCUGCUACAUUUGGUCAUCCCGACGCAGUGCUUGCUCUUUUGCACCAUAGAGCAGAUCCAAACGUCCCAUCUGUGGACGGGCAAAGCCCAAUCUACUCCGCCGCGAAGCUGGGUCAACUAGGCUCGGUAAAGGUGCUUGUCGAAAAUGGAGUGAACAUAUCAGACAUGACGCAUCCGAAGCAGUGCACCCCACUGAACGCGGCGGCGCACAGUGGACAUCUCCAUAUCGUAAAGUACUUGCUCGACCAAGGAGCGGACUUGAGCAUACCUACUACGAGUGGAUGGACACCAAUGGCAUCAGCCGCCUCUGAAGGCCACGCAGAAAUCGUCAAGACUCUCAUAAAGCGCGGCGCGGAUGUCAACGCUAGUCUUGGUGACAUCGGCGCCUCGGCGUUGUAUUAUGCUGCAAACGCCGGCCAUACUGAUGUGGUCCGCAUCCUUCUGGACCACGGCGCGGACACCUCCCGGGCAUCGACGAAUAACUGGACGCCCCUCAACGCGGCGGCAUCGGAGGGCCACCUGGCAGUGGUUGAACUGCUCCUUGCCAAAGGCGCAGAUGUCACAAUCCCCGAUUCAACGGGCUGGACGCCCUUGAACAGUGCCGCGGGCGAAGGCCACCUUGAGAUCGCAGUGGCCCUGGUCAGGCACGGCGCAGACCACAGCGUCGCGGACGCGCGACGCCACACUCCGCUCUAUUCAGCGGCAUUCCACGGUCAUCACGCUAUUGCUGACCUCCUUCUCGAGCUCGGUGCAGGUGUCAACGUGACAAACAAGGAUAAAUGGACGCCCUUGCAUGCUGCGUCCGCCAGGGGCCAUGUUCAAGUAGUCCAGUCUCUUCUCGCUUGCGGGGCGAAUUCCGCAACCCGCAACUCAGGUGGCUGGAGCCCUCUCAAUUCAGCGGCCUGCAAUGGCCAUCUGGAGGUAGUCAAGCUACUCCUAAGACACGGCGCGGCUGUCGAUACCCGCAAUGAUGACGGCUGGAGUCCCCUAACCUCCGCUGCUGGGAAUGGACACACGGCCGUGGUCGAAGCCCUGCUGGAUAGGAAAACGGAUAUCGAGACACGCAAUAAUAGCCGAUUGACUUCCCUAGGGAUUGCAGCGCGAGAGGGCUAUCCAGAGACAGUAAAGGCUCUUCUAUCGCGUGGUGCAGAUAAAAGAGCCACGAACACCCACGGGUGGACUGCUUUACAUUGCGCAGCCGAAAAAGACCAACUCGAAGCGGUUAAGAUUCUCCUCGGACACGGGCUUGACAUCUCUGCCAAGUCGAAGACUGGAUGGACGCCGCUGAAUAUCGCCGCGAGCAACGGUCGGGCGACGAUCGCCCAGUUCCUGCUUGCCUCCGGGGCUGAUCCAAACGCGCCGCAGGAUGACGGAUGGACUCCGCUGCAUGUUGCCACGAAUGAGAAUCACAUCGAGGUUGUGCGAGCGCUUUUGAGGGCAGGAGCGGAUCAUCGAGUAAAGAACCAGAAUGGAAAAACCGCUCUUGAUCUUGCCAGUUCGAAGGGGUACAGAGAUAUAGAAGAACUUUUAUUGGGGGCUGGAGUCAAACGUCUUGGCUUUUAA